UUGGGAGAAAUCAAAUCCUGACACACUACUUGUCUCUAGAACCUGAAAUCGGUUAGUUGUUUUACCUGUAUGUCCUCUACAAACAAUUGGCUCCUUUCAGAAAAUUGGAUACUGUGUUGAACUCUUGCUGACGUUCAAGCAUUUGAGUGUCUUCAUUGUACUUGGCAGACAUAUUUAAAACAAAACCCCAUGCCUGAUCUCUGUUUUUGCAUGGUGGGUUGGUUUAGCUUUUUUUUUUGGUUUGGUUUGGUUUUGGGUUUUUUUUGUGUGGGUGGUGGUAUUUUGUUUGCUUGUUUGGUUGUGCUUUUUUUUAGAGUAGUUGGAAUUGAAAUAUUUUCCCAGCUUACAGGCAUGUUAGUAUACAAAUACUAGGUACACUAAAAAGUGUGGAAGAAAAUUGUUGACUUAUUUACACAGAAAACAUUGCAGGUGAUAGCAUCUGUCACCUGUAAGGUCCUCCUUCUUGCUAAGUGACUUACCCUUGGAGGAGACCAGGGACAGCUGGAUCAUUACAACUGAUGCAGUGCCAGCUUCUUUAAAACCUGUCUCAGAAAAUAUCCAGUCUUUCUGCUUGAUUUUUCUCUUGUGCAUAGCUAUGCAAAGAGAUGUAAAAUACUUGCUUGCAAAUGAGAUAAUAUGGCUUUACUUCCUUCCACUCUCCAAGUGCAGUCCUAACAGACCUGGAAGUGGGUCUAGACAUUAAUAGUCCUGGUCUUCAUGUGGUCGUCCCCAACAGCCAUGUCCCUUGUGCUGUCACUGCUAAAUGGAUGAAAGUAUUUUGGCACCUUGUUAAUGGCAAGUUGAUUGUUUACUAUAAGUGGGUGGAAAUUGAUAGAGGAUUUUCUUUAGAGCUCUAGCAAAAAGACAUUUUUUUUGUGCUGUUGUAGUUGAUUUGAGUAACAGUGGUGUAAGUGCAGAAUCAUAGAAUGGUUUGGGUUGGAAGGGACCUUCACUCCAACCUCCUUGCUGCGGGCAGGGCCAUCUUUCACUAAGCCCAAUCCAACCUUGAACACUUCCAGGGAUGGGGCAUUCAUAGCUUCUCUGGGCAGCCUGUGCCAGUGCCUCACUGCCCUCUUUGUAGAAGAGUCCUUCCUUAGGUCCAGCCUAAACCUGGCCUGUUUCUAUUUACAACCAUUGCCCUUACUAAAAAGUCCAUCUCCAUCUUUCUUAUAAGCCCUAUUUAAGUACUGGCAGGCUGCUACGAGGUCUCCCUGGAGCCUUCUCUUCUCCACACUGAACAGCCCCUGCACUCCCCGCCUUGCCUCACAGCAGAAGUGAUUGUUGAGUAUGUCUGCAUUUUCCAGGUCGGUUGUCACCAGCUCUCCUGUCUUACUUACUGUGGGUGGUACAUUUUCUUUAUUCUUCCUUUUCUGGCCAACAUAUCCAUAAAGGCUUGUACCAUUCUUUGCAUCCUUCACCAAAUUCAGCUCCAGCUGUGCCUUAGCUUUCCUAAUUCUAUCUCUACAAAUCUGGGGCAGCGUCCCUGUAAUUCUCCCCUGGAUACCCAUAGAAUUAUGUGUGUUCACACUAUAAAUCUAGCUAGCACAGUUAAUGAGAUUAUUGGUAACCGUUCUUUGCCCAGUUGCAUGUUGUUUUCUAAUUUGAGAGAAUUUUUGAGAUAAUUUGUGAGAUAAAUAAUAAACAUAGAUAUUUUUUCUAAAUAGGUAUAUUUAUUAAUCUUUUCCAUUUUCUAAAUUUUAAAAUUCUCACACUGGCACUCACUUUUGGCUGAGCUAUCAAUGACAGGAAAGACUGGUGUCAGAUGUGUUUGGGGCAUCUGUCUUUCAGUCUGUAGUCUGUCCCUGUAUGUCACAUGCUGCAUAGGAGUGGGGAGCUGCAUUUCUUUUUGAAGGUUUAUGAAUGAUUAAUCUAGUGUUAAGUGAUCUGGGUAGCUAGUUUCUUAGCUGAUUAUUCAGGUAAAAGAUACUGAUUAUUCCUGUUCAUUUAGGUAGAAUGCAGUCUGAAGCAGUGAUGGCAUGUAGGGAAUCUGCAAUUCCGCUUGACAGCACUGUUAGAAAAAACAAAAUAUCUCUUAAGAGUAAUGGUUAGCAAUGGAUAUGAUUAUGGAGAUGAUGUGCAUAUAAAAAUAUACAUGUUCCUUAUACAGUGUAUGUUUUAAAUAUUUAAUUCCUUUUAAUUUGGCCUUUGGUCAGGGGGUAUUAUAUGAAUGAGAGGCUUAUGAUUUACAGUGGCUCCUUCCUUGCUUAGUGCUGCCUCUGCUUUGUGGCCAGUGUUUAGAGACGAAGUUCAGUGCAGUUUUCUUGUACACAUCACUGCUGUUAACACAGGCACUGUUUGUUAUGGGGUUUCUCACCAGAAGGUGUCAGAGUAGUUUUUCCAUUUUUAUUGCAUUGCAGCCUGCUCUCUACAAUGGUAACCCAGCAGAAUAAACCAGCAUAGUUUAGACUGCUUUGUGAAGAAACGGAAUAUAGCAUUUAAUUCUGUUGUCCAUUUUUUGAUGUAUUGUACUAAUGGAAGGGGAAGUUUUAUUCACACUACUUUUUCCAAAAUUAGAAGUAAUGACGUAGCACUGAACACAAAGUGCAGGAAGGAGCGAGGAAGCUGUAGUGGGUGCACUCAGGCUGUGGGCAGAAGAUAGGUACUCGAGAGGCCUGGGUUGUGCUGCUGGUAUUGUACAGAAAACAGGGUUGGGCUCCAGCUGUAGCAGUGUAAGAUCUUGUCACUGCCAUGGUGAUGAAGGUGGGGGGCAUUGGUUUGCCCAUGACUCAGUUACAGGAGUCCAAGCCUUGCAUAUUACUGCAACCCACCUCCACUAUGAUCUGUAAGGGAGGAAUGGUGGAGGUGUGCAUGGUUGUUUCAGGCUGUGUUCUCUGCUGCAGACACUGAUGUUCAGUGGUGGGCAAUUAAUCUUGGCUAGGUAACUAUUUCAGCUGUUGCAGCUGAAGUCCUUCCAGCUGCUAUUUGUCAUGUUUGUGGCUAAUCUUUCAGGUGUAUCUGAUCUGUGCAAGCCACCCAUCUAGAGAAUGUCAACCUAGGGAAUUGGUUGAUUCAGCUCUCCUUUUGGGACAUGCCAUCCCUUUGGCAGAGUGAAGAAGAAUGGAGGAAUCGAUUGAGGAUCAUAGACAAUUGAAUUAGGCAGACUAAUUCUGGCAGGUUGUUUAUUUUUUAGUAACUUGUCCUGAUUUAGCCACCAGAUGGGGUUUCUGAAGCAGUGGUUCCCAGUGGUAACCUGCUUAGUGCUGCCUGGGUGGUGGGACAGGUUGUCCAGGCUCUUGCUUUUGUGGUGGCCUUUGCCUGCACAGGUGAGGUUUGAGGUUCAGAGUGUGCGGUUGUGUACACAUGCCACGGUCUGGAAGCUGCUGCUAUACAUGUUUCUGAAAUAGAAAAGCGUGGAAUUAUUCUGAAAAGCAGCUGCUAUUUGUUGAUCUCAUUGUACUUAAAUAAAUGCUGCCUAAGCUUUCUAGUCACGAAGAGUAUCCCCUCUCCAUUGUAAUCAUGCGGUCCAUGUGUAUUCCUGACUUUGUGUGCUAUGGCAUGAUACAAUAAAUUAGUGAGACUUUAAUGACAGGGUUGGGAAGGUAAAAAAUCAAGAGGCUAUUGAUGUUCUUGGUAGUUGCUUUCAUCACAAAAGACAAGUCGGUAUUGUGCGUGGGUCGUUCCUGACACACAAGACCUGGGGGCAGUGGACUUCCUUCAGCUCUUUGGAGCAGGUGCCUCAGCGCGGGAGGUCUGGCCCCUGCCCCCAGGCACCGGAGGUCUGCGCUCCUGCUGCUGCACUACCUGUGUGUUUGUGCUUCUACUGGAGCUCACAAGGAGUGAAGGAAUAAAGGAAAAAGAGGAGCACGGAAGGAUGAUUGAAUCUCCUUUAUUCAAGUAAAUCUAGAGACCACUGAAAUGCGUGCUUUGGGGCCUUGUGUCAUUUGUACUGGAGGAUGGAUGUUUGAAACAAUUGUGCAUCUCGUCUCACCGUGCUGUAUUUUUCAGUUUGUAGAUCUGUGUUGUACCAAAAGACCUUAUUCAUUGCCUGCCCCCACCCCCUUUUUUUUUUUUCUCUUUUCCCCUCUUUUUCCCUUCCGCUUUGCCUUUCCUUUCCCCGGGAGCUUGCAGCCGCCGCAGGGCACAAAGCGUGCGGCCGCCUGCUCGGCCGGGGCCGGGCGCUGCGGCGGGGGCGGCCCCCCGCGGCCUCAGUGCCGACCGGCCCCUCCUGAAGGGCCGGGCGCGGCGCGGCCGCCAUUGGCGGCGGGAGCCCCGCCCGGCCCGGAGCGUCCCCGCCGUGUCCAGGCGACGGGCGGGCCGCGGGCCGUCCCGGUCUCCUCGGCGCCGGCGCCAUGAGCGGCCCGCGGCCGGGAUUUCUUGCAACCUACAAUAGCCUUACAGACAAACACCUGGCUGGAUAUUUCAGCAACACCAGGAUAAGACGACAUCUUCAGAGAUCAGGACUGAUCUCAAGGAGUGGAAGAAUAGUAUCCGAGAAAGAAUACCAGCUAAAUGCUAUGAGGAGGGAUCACCAAAGAUAUGUGCAGGAGUGCCUGGCUCACGCCAUUUUUCAUAAGGUCCUUGACAUGGAGAGACAUCAUCAGUUGGAAAUAAAAAGGAAACUUGAAAAUUCUGUGAGGAAGGAGAGGGUGCAGAAAAUCAAGGUGGAACAAUUCAGAAGAUUAGUGGAAGAUGCUAGCCCUAUGCGUUCCCCACAUCCACCACUUGGUCCAAGAAAUCGUUGUGGGUUCCGUUCUUCAGUGGCUGGAGAACCAGCUGGUCGCUCACAACUGAGGGCACCUGGACCUGUAGUUGGUUAUAAUGGUGGACAUCCUUCUCAUCAACACCAAUCCAAGGAGCCUGCGUUUUCUAAGGUGACUUCCUGGCGACCAAAUACAGCUCCAGGAAAUACGCAACACCCACAUCAACUCCAACCACUUCGCAGCUGUGCUGCAGUAGGUUCUGUACCAAAGACUUCAAGGCCUAAACAGAAGCGCCACACACUUGAACAUGAUCAGCAGUUUGCCGUUGGGGCGGAGAGGAGUGGGUUAAGACUUAUGAAUUCAGUGGAAUAUGUGACUGGUAUAUCCCCAUAUCAACUCCCAGUCAUUAACAGUUACAUGAUACCAGUGCCACCUCCCCCCUUGCAUAAGGGAGACAAGAGCAUAAAUGCUGUGAGAAAUGGGAUGCCCAGAGGGAGGCGAUUUCGUCCCACCACUGCACCAAAUGAUGUAGAGCAACUUUUAACAAAGAAUGCUGGAGGAUUCCCCAAGUCCCCAUUACGCAGCAAUGCAUUUGUUACCAUGGUUUUUCUAGGAAAAAGUGUGCAUUUAUCUCAUGAUGAUGCUGAUUACAGAGAUGAAAUCAAAGUCUAUCAGCAGCAUUGUGGAGGAGAAAACCUUUGUGUCUACAAAGGCAAGCUGUUGGAAGGAGAGACCUUCCAUUUUGUCUCAAAGAGGCACCAUGGUUUCCCAUUCAGCCUCACCUUUUUUCUCAAUGGGAUACAAGUGGACAGGCUGAGCUGUUGCUGUGAGUACAAACACCAGAAACGUUCCAGGCUGGGAGGCAGACAUGGAUACUUUGGGUUUCUCAAUGUGGAGGGAGCAUCUCCUUGCUACAGGUGCAUUAUUGCAAUGGGUCUGGACAAAAAGCCAUCCCCUCCCAAGAGAAAGAUGGAGGAAGACUAUGGGGAAAAGCAUGUGGGUCCCUGCGGAGCUGGAGUGCACAGUGAGCCAAGCAAAAGCAGCGUUGAGCAGAAAUCGAGCAUAGAUUCAGAGUUCAUCAUCUUACCAGGUCAUGAAGCAAGUGUGGAAACUAUUGAGGACAAAACGGAGACCAGACAGGAGUAUAAAGAAGAAGAAAGGAAAAAACUAUCUGAUCGUGAGAGUGAAGAUAGUCAGGAAGACACCGGUAAAAAUGAGUAUGAUGAAGAUUUUGAAGCAGUUGAAGAAGUUAAUGAAGAGGGACAGACUGGUGAUCAAAUGAAUGAAAUGUCAAAGUCGUCCUCAGAUGAUAAAAAACAUAAUUUAAACUAUGAAAAGGAGAGUAAAACCUCAUCACAGAAGUCAGUGCAGGCCUCUGACAGCGAGAAAGGUGAAAGUGGUGGGUAUUCUGUCAGUGACUCCGAGGAUGAUAAGCGAGGUCGGAGGUCUACACACUCACCUUCAUCCAUCAGUACUCAGUAUAGCAGUGAAGAUGACUCUCAUGUUGAAACGAUAAAAGACAAUGUUAAAGGCAAAGAGGAUCAUGAUUUCAAAAGGGCAUCUGAUAAUGCAGCACAUGCACAAUACGGAAAUGAGAAUGGGGAGAAUGAACUGCUCAGAAUGGAGGAAAAUCAGGAAACUUUUGUACUGGAAAAGGAAGGAAUAGAGGAAGCAGAAAAGGCAAAACCAGAAGAUCUAACAGCAAGGGAAGAUACUGGAAUUUUUCGUGAAAAUACAAUGGCAAUACAGCGCCAAAGUCCUAAUGUUAAUGGGGAACUCGAACAGGCUGAGUCAGUAGAAAGUAACGUAGGGGAAGAUGGGGAGAAGAAUACAAGUACCAGGAGGGGUGAUGGGGUGGAAGGUCUUCUAGUGCCUUUGGAAAGCAGUAUGACCCAAGUAGAGGAUAGUGAUGAAGAGUCUCCUCAGAGCAACAAAGGAAUUGUUUUUGAAGAUUUCAAACCAGUCCAGGAGGAAAUAGCAAAUGCAAUUGGAAAUGAUCACGAUGUGAAUUCUGAACCUGAAUCUAGCAAUUCCCAUACAGAUGAGGAAGAAGAGAACAUACCAAGUACAGAGUGUGAUGCUGCUGAAGCACCAGAUGGAGCUUUCUUGGCAGAAGCCACAAGAGCACUUGAUGCGCAAAAGGCAGCAGAGCAAGUGGUACAAGCGGGGUGGAUUGCAGGGGAGAGACACGCGCUGGAGAAGGAAGGUUUGGUUGCUGAGGGAGGAGAUGCUCGCACCGAAGAAGCAGGAGAAGAAAUGGCAUGGGCAGGAGAUCUGUUGCCCAAGGAGGACACAGUGGCCGCGCUGGAGGCAGAAGGCCAGCCUGCGGUGCUGGAGUCUGCACCUGAGGAGAGUGCUGUGGCAGAAGAUCCCCGUGGAAAGGGGGCAGGGAGGGGAAUGGUGUCUGGCAUAGAGGUGGCAGCUGGGUGGCAGGGGGCUCUGGUGGAGGGGACAGAGAGCGAGGCAGCACUGGGGGAGCAGGCACCCAGGGGAGAGAAGCUGGCAGGGGCACUGCUAGGGACAGGGGUGGCUGGAACGGUGUGCGAGCAGGUGGAGGUGGCUGGGGGCGCCUCUGAGGCAGAAGAGGCUGCGGAGGCAGCCCCCGAGGCAGGGGAGGCCGUCUGGGUGAUGGGGCCUCGGCUGCAGGUGGUGGCCGAGGCAGAGGGGCCCGCAGCGGAGGGAGGUUUUGCAGGGCAGGGCCUUGCGGCGGCUAUGCCUGAGGGAGAGGAGGCUGCGGAGGACGCCAGCCUGGCAGAGGGGGGCAUUGCCGGGGUGGUUGGCCCUGAAGGAGAAGAGCCCGUAGGGGAAGCCUUUUCUGAAUGGGAGGUGGCUGUGGAGAAGCCUGGGGCUCUCCUGGAAACAUUAGGGGACACAAACAUUUCCCCAGGAGCUGCAGUGCCCGGAGGACGAGAAGGCUUUGUAACAGCAGAUGAGUUUUCCCAGCUGAAAGCACCGGGGGAAGAGUGGGUGGAGGUGGGGAAAGUGGCCACAGGGGCAGCGACAUCUGAGAGUGGCGAGACAUCAGCGCUGGAAGGGAGCUCUGCCCCGAGAGCAGAGGAUGUGGUGGUGGAGCCUGGUGGGGGUCCUGUGUGGCAGGUGGCACCUGUGUUAGAGGCAGUGGUGGCUGCUGGCGGGGACCCCCUAAGCCAAGGGUCACCUCAGCUGGAGGAGACCGCUGCAGCGGAGAAGGAGGGCUCAGCAGAAUCCCUGUGGAGUGGAAACCCAUCUCUAGGCAGCAAAGCAAGGACAGACGGUGCGAUGGACGAUCGGCCUGAUGGAGGGGUGAGGGGAGUGUCCACCGAGCGAGCCAGGACAGAGGCAGGAGCUGGGGAGGUGGCGGCGGCCGGAGCGCUGGGCCCUGGGGAGCUGGCGGUGGGGCCGGGGGGGUCUCCUGCGGAGGGGGUGUUGGGCAGCACGGUGCUGCCUGCCCCGGGGCUGCGUGUGAGCGGGGCGAUGGUGGCAGGGGAGGUGGGCGGCCAGGCAGGGCGUGGGGCUGUGGCCGAGGCAGCGGCAGGGGGGGCGGCAGUGGCUGCCGGCGAU